CUGUGCGUUUAGAAUCUUGAGUCAAAUUUUGUUAUAGUAUCGUUGUCAUGCAAGGAUCCCCUUGAAAUAGAUGUAUUAUUCAUCUAUUUUAAAUCUUGUUACUUGCAUCUGUGAAUUUUCGACGAUUUAAAAUUAUUUGAUUUUAAUUGAGAUCUCCACGGCACAAGUCAAGAACUUAUGAAAUGUUCAAAAUUGGAGAAAUUAACGAAGUUUAGUCGAUUAUUAUCUAUUUAAACGUAGGACACAAUAUACAGUUUAAAAAUAGACAUAAAGGAAAUUAUUCUUCCAAAUAAUGGAUUCUCCUUGGACAAAUGAAAUAUGAUCUGUAAUUUGUGCAUAUUUCUUGAAUGACCAACCCAGUACAGUCAUCAUUCAAGAUUAAAAUGAAUCAAGAGAUAGCUCCAAAUAGUUUGGAAGCACUGAAUCAUUGCGACAAUGAACCAGUCUUUUUUACUGGACUUUCUAAGAGUAAGAUUAUUUCAGACAAGCCUUUGCUUUGUUCAAAAUGUAGCUCGAAAAUUUCCUCUAUACAAGGAACAAAACCUUCAAACUCUGAUAAAUAUUGCAAUGCAUGUGCUAAAAAUUCAAACUGUUCAAAUAAAGUGGAUUUACAAGAUUUGCUAUCAAAAAUUGACUUUAAUUUAUUAGAGAAAAUUAUUGAAACAUCAUCUGUUUCUCCAGCUUCUACUGUGAAGCGAAAAACUCUUUUACCUUUGCCUAGUCCAUCAUCUAAUAGUCAGUCAUCCGACCAAUCAACGAGUACUUCUCACUUCCCUGAUGCACAGAUUAAUUCAAGUCCUAGAGAGAAUGAGAAGAUAUUCAAUCUGAAAAGAAAUGGAAGCUUUCAGAGUACACCUAUGAAGAGACUUAAAGCAUGUCAUCCAUCAUCAAGCUCUACAUUUUACCAUACUCCUGAUGAUAAGAUUGGUGCAAGUCCUAGAGAAAAUGAAAAGUUUGUGCCGAGAAGGAAUGGAAGCUUUCCAAAUACAUCUGCAAAGAGACUUCAAACAUAUUCUCCAUCACCAAGUUCUACAUUUUGCAAUAAUUCCAGUGACAAGCUUACACAACACAUUUUACAAAUAUUUAUGCAAAAUAAGCAAACAGAUGAAGUGUAUCACAAGAAAAUGACAUUACGUGACAAACUGCAUGAAAUCAUGCUAGAAAGAUUUCCUGCUUGUGGUUUGUAUGUUGUUGGUUCAUCUAUGACUAAGCUUGGAGUUAGCAGCAGUGAUAUGGAUAUGUGUCUCAUGCUGACUGACUUUGAGAUUGAUCAAGAAGUUGAAGCAAAAAACAUCCUGCACAAAGUCUACUCCUUGUUUUUGAAUUAUAGUUUCUUAAUGAAAAUUGAAAUUAUUUAUGCAAAAGUUCCUAUUUUAAAGUUUCAAGACUCUGUAAGUGGAAUUGAAGUUGACUUAAACAUUAACAAUUCUGUUGGUAUCAGAAACACCCAGCUGCUUUCAAGCUAUGCUAGAAUUGAUGAUCGACUUCCACCUUUAGUAGUGCUGGUAAAAUUAUGGGCAAGAAGUCAUGGCAUUAAUGAUGCAAAAAACAACACCUUAUCUAGUUAUUCAUUGGUUUUGAUGGUAAUCCAUUACUUACAGUAUCGCUGUCGACCUCCUGUGUUGCCGUGCUUACAAAGUUUGCAGCCGGAUAAAUUUCAUCCAAGCUCAGACGUCAGGAAAUUGAAACUUUUUGAAGAUUUGCCCUGUUUUUCAUCUGAAAAUCAAGACAAUUUAGGAAAUCUUUUUAUAGGAUUCUUGAAAUAUUUUUCUACUGAAUUUAAUUAUGAUGAACAUGUAAUGUCAGUGAGGUUGGGGUCAGUUAUUCCAAAACAGAUGGCUAUACAUUCCAACUCUCCUAAAAACAAGAAAGGUCACUGGAAAUGGGUUUGCAUAGAAGAACCAUUUGACCUAACCAAUACAGCUUGUUCAAUGUUCAAACGUGAUGCAUUUUUUUAUGUUAAAAAAGUCUUUGAAGACAGUUGGAGAAGUUUGCGGAGCUCCAGAAACUUAAAUUACAUACUUAGCUAAAAUCUUUCUCAAUUACUUGUAUUGUAUAAUAUCCAAAAAUAUUUUUAUAUAUUGUUAUUGUUAGUUAUAUCUUUAUUAUUUAUGUAUGGCUUAAAAGUCAUUGUGCUUCUUUUUAUGUGUAAUAUGGAAAAUUCCAUGUGUUAUAAAAAAUCACU